UGCGAAUCGUAGGUGGUGGAUAGCAACGAGGGAAUUCACCACACGAACGAACAACCGACAGACAGACAAGACGAAGAAGAAGAAGGAGAGGAAGGAGGAAGAGAAACGGCCGCACCACCACCAUCAACAACAGGCAGCGCAGCAUCCAGCAAACAAGCACAGCAAGCAAGCACAGCAGCCAAGGACUCGCACUCAGACGCACGAAAGGACAGACAGCGUGUCGAUCGACAAGCAGCGACCAGCAAGACAGCUACACGGCCGACACACGGCUCCAACGAGCGCGCAUUGGCAUCUUCGUGACAACACAAACACACGAUGGCGGCGAGGGUUGAUGGGCUGCCAGAGCCUCUGGUCUGGAACUUCUCACAGGUGUUUGGCGACCGCGUUGAAGAGGACGAUGAAAUCGCUGACGCCGACAUCAUCUCUGCCGUUCAGUUCAGCCACAGCGGGGAGUACCUCGCAACCGGCGACCGCGGCGGCCGUGUCGUGCUCUUCGAGCGCAACCAAUCAGAUGUGGGGAGCCCUGCAGAGUACAGAUUCUACACAGAGUUUCAGAGCCACGAGGCGGAGUUUGACUACCUCAAGAGCAUGGAGAUUGAGGAAAAGAUCAACCAGAUUCAAUGGCUCAAGCGCUGCAACCACGCCCACUUCCUGCUGACGACAAACGACAAAACCGUCAAGCUGUGGAAAGUCAGGGAACGCGCCGUCCGUGUCGAAACAGAGCAUGCGCCUGCGCAGAUUGGCAAGGCGGCGCCCGAGAUUCGCGUGCCGCAGCUCCUCACGACGCAGGAGGUCGAGAUUGACGCGCGGGCAAAGCGCAUCUACGCAAAUGCGCACACGUAUCACAUCAACUCCAUCUCCGUCAACAGCGACGAGGAGACGUUUUUGUCUGCGGACGAUCUGCGGAUCAACCUGUGGAAUCUCUCCAUCACCGACCAGUCAUUCAACAUUGUCGACAUGAAGCCAGAGAACAUGGACGACCUCACAGAGGUGAUCACGUGUGCUGAGUUUCAUCCGCAGGAGUGCAACGUGUUUAUCUACGGCAGCAGCCGCGGCAUCAUCAAGAUGGCCGACAUGCGCCAGGCCGCCCUCUGCGACUCGCACGCAAAACAGUUUGAGAUUACGGUUGACGAGGCGAACAAAGGGUUUUUCUCUGAGAUUUUGUCGUCGAUUGCAGACGUCAAGUUCAGCCCCGACGGCAAAUACAUCAUGUCCCGUGACUACCUCACCCUCAAGAUCUGGGACGUUGCGAUGGAGAGCCGGCCCGUGCAGGAGUUUUCGCUGCACGACUUUCUCAAGCCAAAGCUGUGCGAUCUGUACGAAAACGACUGCAUCUUUGACAAGUUUGAGGCCGUCUGGAGCGGCGACGGAAGGUCUGUCAUGGGCGGAUCCUACAGCAACCUGUUCCACGUGUUUGAGAGGGAAAGCGGACAGGAUGUCCUGCUGCAGGCCUCGCGCGACGCCAUCGAGGGGCCAACACACGUCCUCUCCCCAAUCACCGUCCUCACAGGCGCGGAGCAGCCGCGGUCGCGCUACGAUUUGCACGCGGACCAGAUCAACCUCAACCAGAAGAUCAUGCACGCGGACUGGCACCCCAACAGGAACAUCAUGGCCCUCGCAGCAGUCAACAACCUCUACCUCUUCCGGCAAUAACGCUCAACACCCCUUCAUCGGCCUCCUCGCUGUUAUUGCUGCCGUCACAACUACCCCUCCCUUCCCCCCUCCCUGUCUUGAACUAACGCGUGUCUGAUGCCCCCCCCCCCUUCCGUGUCCUCUUUCCUCCACACUCAUCUCUCAUGCACACGCCAGCACGCCUCUGUGUGUGCACUGGUGCCACAACGUGUUGCCCCUGCUGCUAUCCCAUGGACCUUAAACUGUGAGAUGCAGUCGUCUGAUUCCUCCACUCUGUGCUUGUGCAUACGCAUCACAUCCCAUCAUCGCCCGUCCCCGUCGAUCUUUGGCCCUCUCCAUUUUGUUGCUCCUUUUUUUUUUUCUCCUCUGGUUUGUGACCUGUGCUUUCAUUCUUCGUGUGCUCUUCCCCUCCUGUGUUAAAUGCCCCCCCCCCCUUUCUCUCUCUCUCUCUCUCUUCUCCCUCCUGUAUACCCGCUAAUGGUGCACGGGUGACUGCUCGCUCAACGGUUUGAUGGUGUUUUGUUGCUGUUGUUGGUUCUGUUUCGUUUAGAAAUAAAUGCGAUGCUCUUAUC